ACCAGAGAGGAAAGAAUUUUUAAAAAUGAAAAGAAAAGAAAGAAUCGCCAGGCGCUUAGAAGGAAUUGAGACAGACACGCAGCCCAUCCUCUUGCAGAGUUGCACAGGGUUAGUGACUCACCGGCUGCUGGAGGAAGACACGCCCAGAUACAUGCGAGCCACAGACCCAGCCAGCCCCCACACCGGCCGAUCAAAUGAAGAGGAAGAAACUUCUGAUUCUUCUUUAGAAAAGCAGACUCAACCUAAACACUGCACAGAAACCUCAGGUAUCCAUGGUGACUCAUCUUACAGUUCAGGUAUGGACACCCAGGGUCUUGAGUCCAAAGCUGAAAGGAUUGCAAGGUACAAAGCGGAGAGGAGACGGCAACUGGCAGAAAAAUAUGGGCUAGCUCUGGAUUCUGAAGCAGACUCCGAAUCUUUGUCUCGAUAUACCAAGUCCAGGAGGGAGCCAGAUGCUGUUGAGAAAAGGGGAGGAAAAAGUGACAGGCCGGCUGAGUCAAGCAAAGAUUUCAGUUCUCUGUACUCCAGCACUGAGAUCCCAAGGCUCAAGACCUGUGUGGCUGAAUCCCAGGACUAUGCCCUCCAUGCCAGGGACGGUGUUUCCAACACAGAGGUGCUGCUAAACAUGGAAAACCAAAGACGAGAUCAAGAGCUGAAUGCCACUGGGCAGCAGGCCCUGGACCUGCCCCCCACAGUUGAGAGUUCCUCAUCCUUCCAGUUUUGCGGGCAAGACUGCUCCUUCAGUGAGGUGCCAAAGUCCCCAAAGCAAAUGCGCAGCAUGCCCCUCUCUUCACCUGGGCAGCCAGCAUCCCCAAGCCACUCUGGUGACUCGCCACUCCCCGCUGAAGCUCGAUCAAGUACAGGGAAACUCAAACAUGAGUGGUUUCUGCAGAAAGAUUCCGAAGGGGACACACCUUCACUUAUCAACUGGCCUUCCAGAGUUAAAGUUAGAGAAAAAAUGGUGAAAGAGGAGAGUGCUCGCAGCAGCCCUGAACUUGCCUCAGAGUCCUUAAGUCACAGGAGACGUCAGCCCAUGCCGGGGCAUUACCUGUCCUUUCAUUCAGAAAACUCGGCCUUCGAUAGGGUCACGAGCAAGGCAGCCAGCUCUGCACGACAGCUGAUCCGUGGCUAUGUCCAACCAGCAGAUCCCGUGCACUCUGCCAUGCUGGUGACCUCAGAAACCCCAGAAAGUGUGUCUGAGUGCAGCUGGGUGGGAUCAGCCACCCAGAAUGUCAUAAAGCCUCCCGCCCUGAAGGUUCUCAAAGGUGAGAGAAGAGAUACCCCCAUUCUCCAUAUUUGUGAAUCACAAGCAGAAGAGGACGUGCCCCUCACUGAAGCUCUCGAGAAAAGCAGGAAAGCACUAUUGGCUUUAGAGGAUGAAGGGUUUGAGAGAAGCCACGAGGACACUUCUGGAAAUGAGGACUUUGGUAAGCCUGCCGCUCUUGACACCAUCACCUUAGAACAUCGGAAGGAGCCAGAAAGUCUUUCACACCCACCUCAAGCUCAGCACCAGUUCACUGAGAGAAUGGGCAGGAGUGAAAUGGUUUCCUAUGUUCAGAGUGAGCCUGUAUCCCAAGAUGCCAGAGUGACAGGUCACAAAAAAGAAGCACCUAGAAGGAAGCGCAAGGUCCUCACCCGCUCCCUGUCUGACUACACGGCCCCUCCUCAGCUCCAGGCCCUGAAGAGUAAGCACCCAGCUGCAGAGGGACAGCUGGAGCUGCAGGGUACCAAAGCUGAGGGGCCCCUCUCGGAGCUGAGCGUGCUGGACACCAAGGUCUCUGUCGCCCAGCUCCGAAGUGCAUUUCUGGAGUCUGCCAAUGCCAGCAAGAAACCUGAAUUCCAAUCACGGCUUGAGAGGUCAACCAAAGGAGUUGGCUUGCCUACCAGUGUGGAACGGGAGAGAGGGUCCCAGAAACCACGGCGCUAUUUUUCUCCUGGUGAAAGUAGAAAAACUUCUGAGAGAUUUAGAACUCAACCUAUAACCUCAGCAGAACGAAAGGAAUCAGAUAGGUCUACUUCAAAUUCAGAAAUGCCAACUGCUGAGGAUGAAGAAAAGGUAGAUGAACGAGCCAAACUGAGUGUUGCUGCCAAGAGGCUGCUUUUCCGGGAAAUGGAAAAGUCAUUUGAUGAGAAAAAUGUUCCAAAGCGAGGUUCGAGAAACGCGGCCGUGGAGCAGAGGCUGCGGCGUCUGCAGGACAGAUCCCACACCCAGCCCGUGACCUCCGAGGAGGUGGUCAUGGCAGCCACAUUGCAGGCAUCUGCUCACCAAAAGGCUUUAGCCAGAGACCAGGCAAAUGAGGGCAAAGAUUCUGCUGAACAAGGUGAACCUGAUUCCUCCACACUAAGCUUGGCAGAGAAGUUGGCCUUGUUUAACAAAUUGUCCCAGCCAGUCUCAAAGGCUAUUUCUACCCGAAACAGAAUAGACACGAGACAGAGGAGAAUGAAUGCUCGCUAUCAAACUCAGCCGGUAACGCUUGGAGAGGUGGAACAGGUACAAAGUGGAAAGCUCAUUCCUUUCUCGCCCACUGUUAAUACUUCUGUGUCCACCAUGGCAUCUACAAUCACUCCUAUGUACGCAGGGGACCUUAGGACAAAGCCAUCCAUGGAUGACAACACAAGUGUCACUGCCUAUAAGUUUCCUUCUUCAAUAGAAAAUGUAGAGUCUUCGAUUAGAAGCACUCUGAAGCCCCAAUCCUGUCAGCCUUCAGUAGAGGGCAGUGGGAGCAAAGGUAUGUUUAGAGAUUAUGGAGAAACGGAAAGCAGGAGAGUCUUGACAGGUAGAGAUGGUGGUGUUAAAAACGGAUCCUUUGAGGAAGCAGAGCCAUCCUACCCUAUCCUCAAUUCAGUCCAGAAAGGAGACAGCCAUAAAGAACCUAAAUAUGAUGUUCUGAGAAAAGGAAGCCUAGAGCUACCAAAUGCCCCUGUCUCCCACCCUGGCGAUGAGGAGUUUUCCACUGCCAAAAGCACCAUACAAGAGAACCCAGACUUGAAGGGCAGGCAGCCCUUUGAAGAGAAGGUGGACAUGGAGAAUGUCACAAAGAGGAAGUUUUCGCUGAGAGUGUCAGAGUUCGGGGAACCCACUCCUGAGCAGAGCGGCACAGUUGCUGGACACAGUGUUGCUCAAGCUGCAGCCCCAGUGUCCUGGAAGCAGCAAGAGCCUGCAGAGCUCCCACAGGAGAAGCACUGUAAGAAUCCAUGUGCAAUGUUUGCUGCUGGAGAGAUCAGAAUGCCAACAGUGGAGGGCAGCCUUGAUUCACCCAGCAAAACCAUGUCCAUUAAAGAAAGAUUAGCACUGCUGAAGAAGAGUGGGGAGGAAGAUUGGAAAAACAGACUUACCAGAAAGCAGGAGUACAGCAAAGCGACCGUUGCGAGUAGCCUGCACAUACAAGAAGUGGAACAGUCACUCAAGAAGAAGGAAGACGGAGGAUUUACAGAUGAUAGUAUCGUUUCUAAACUGCUUUGGGAACCUGUAUAUGCUUCUACUUAUUCUCCUACUAUACCUGCUGCCCAUAAACACCUGUCUUUUGUAUCUAUUAAUCAGGUCACAGAAAGUCGAGAGAGCCAAAUGACUAUCGAAGAGAGGAAGCACCUCAUCACUGUGAGAGAGGAAGCUUGGAAGACAAAAGGCAAAGGGGCAGCUAACGACUCCACCCAGUUUACCGUGGCCGGAAGAAUGGUGAAGAAAGGUUUGGCAUCACCCACUGCCAUAACGCCAGUAAUGUCCCCUAUUUGCAGUAAAACAAGGGGCACAACACCCAUUUCCAAACCCCUGGAAGAUAUUGAAGCCAGACCAGACAUGCAGUUAGAAUCGGACCUGAAGUUGGACAGGCUGGAAAGCUUUCUGAAAAGGCUGAAUAACAAAGUUGGUGGGAUGCAAGAAACUGUACUCACUGUCACGGGCAAAUCUGUUAAGGAGGUGAUGAAGUUGGACGAUGACGAAACCUUUGCCAAAUUUUACCGCAGCAUAGAUGAUACCGUGCCAAGGAGCCCUGUAGAGCUGGAAGAAGACUUUGAUGUUAUUUUCGACCCUUAUGCCCCCAAGUUGACGUCUUCUGUGGCCGAGCACAAGCGUGCAGUUAGACCCAAGCGCCGGGUUCCGGCUUCCAAAAACCCCCUGAAAAUGCUGGCAGCAAGAGAAGACCUCCUUCAGGAAUAUACUGAGCAGAGACUAAAUGUCGCCUUUAUGGAGUCAAAACGGAUGAAAGUAGAAAAGAUGUCCUCCAACUCCAACUUCUCAGAAGUCACCCUGGCAGGUUUAGCCAGUAAAGAAAAUUUCAGCAGCGUCAGUCUGCGAAGCGUCAACCUAACAGAACAGAAUUCUAACAACAGUGCAGUGCCCUACAAGAAGCUGAUGCUGUUACAGAUCAAAGGAAGAAGACAUGUGCAGACAAGACUGGUCGAACCUCGAGCUUCGUCACUCAACAGCGGGGACUGCUUCCUCCUGCUCUCUCCCCACUGCUGCUUCCUGUGGGUAGGAGAGUUUGCAAAUGUCAUAGAAAAGGCGAAGGCCUCAGAACUUGCAACUUUAAUUCAGACAAAGAGGGAACUUGGUUGUAGAGCUACUUAUAUCCAAACUAUUGAAGAAGGAAUUAAUACACACACUCAUGCAGCCAAAGAUUUCUGGAAGCUUCUGGGUGGCCAAACCAGUUAUCAAUCUGCUGGAGACCCAAAGGAAGACGAACUGUAUGAAACAGCCAUAAUAGAAACAAACUGCACUUACCGUCUGGUGGAUGACAAGCUUGUUCCUGAUGACGACUUCUGGGGGAAAAUCCCAAAGUGCUCCCUUCUGCAAUCAAAAGAGGUACUGGUGUUUGAUUUUGGUAGUGAAGUUUACGUGUGGCAUGGAAAAGAAGUUACAUUGGCACAACGGAAAAUAGCAUUUCAGCUCGCAAAGCACUUAUGGAAUGGAACCUUUGACUAUGAGAAUUGUGACAUUAACCCACUGGAUCCAGGAGAAUGCAAUACGCUUAUUCCCAGAAAAGGACAGGGACGGCCUGAUUGGGCAAUAUUUGGGAGACUUACAGAACACAAUGAGACUAUUUUGUUCAAAGAAAAGUUUCUCGAUUGGACUGAACUGAAGAGACCUAAUGAGAAGAACGCCAGUGAACUUGCCCAGCAGAAGGAAGAUCCUAGGGCUGAUGUCAAGCCAUACGAUGUGACCCGGAUGGUGCCAGUGCCCCAGACGACAGCUGGCACUGUGCUGGACGGGGUGAAUGUGGGCCGUGGCUAUGGCCUAGUGGAAGGGGAUGACCGCAGGCACUUUGAGAUUGCCAGUGUCUCCGUGGAUGUCUGGCAUAUCCUCGAAUUCGACUAUAGCAGGCUCCCCAAACAGAGCAUUGGGCAGUUCCAUGAAGGGGACGCCUAUGUGGUCAAGUGGAAGUACAUGGUGAGCACUGCAGUGGGGAACCGACAGAAGGGAGAGCACUCCAUAAGGGUGGCUGGCAAAGAGAAGUGCGUCUACUUCUUCUGGCAAGGCCGGCAGUCGACUGUGAGUGAGAAGGGCACGUCAGCUCUGAUGACAGUGGAGCUGGAUGAAGAAAGGGGUGCCCAGGUCCAGGUCCUCCAGGGAAAGGAGCCCCCCUGUUUCCUGCAGUGUUUCCAAGGGGGGAUGGUGGUGCACUCCGGAAGACGGGAAGAGGAGGAAGAAAAUGCACAAAGUGAGUGGAGGCUGUACUGUGUGCGAGGAGAAGUGCCCAUGGAAGGAAAUUUGCUGGAAGUGGCCUGUCACUGUAGUAGCUUGAGGUCCAGGACGUCCAUGGUUGUUCUCAACGUAACUAAAGCCCUCAUUUACCUGUGGCAUGGAUGCAAAGCCCAAGCCCACACGAAGGAGGUCGGAAGGACUGCAGCAAAUAAAAUCAAAGAACAAUGCCCCCUGGAAGCAGGACUGCAUAGUAGCAGCAAAGUGACAAUACACGAGUGUGAGGAAGGCUCCGAGCCUCUGGGAUUCUGGGACGCAUUAGGAAGGAGAGAUAGGAAAGCCUACGACUGCAUGCUUCAAGAUCCUGGAAAUUUUAACUUCACACCCCGCCUGUUCAUCCUCAGCAGUUCUUCUGGGGAUUUCUUGGCCACGGAGUUCAUGUAUCCUGCCCGAGCCCCCUCUGUGGUCAAUUCCAUGCCCUUCCUGCAGGAAGAUCUGUAUAGUGCACCGCAGCCAGCGCUUUUUCUUGUGGACAAUCACCAUGAGGUGUACCUCUGGCAAGGCUGGUGGCCCAUUGAGAACAAGAUCACCGGUUCCGCCCGCAUUCGCUGGGCCUCGGAUCGAAAGAGCGCCAUGGAGACCGUGCUCCAGUACUGCAGAGGAAAAAAUAUCAAGAAGCCGCCGCCCAAGUCCUACCUGAUCCACGCGGGUCUGGAGCCCCUGACAUUCACUAAUAUGUUUCCCAGUUGGGAGCACAGAGAGGACAUUGCUGAGAUCACAGAAAUGGAUACGGAAGUUUCCAAUCAGAUCACCCUUGUGGAGGACGUGUUAGCCAAGCUCUGUAAAACCAUUUACCCCCUGGCUGAUCUCCUGGCCAGGCCACUGCCUGAGGGAGUUGACCCUCUAAAGCUGGAGAUUUAUCUCACUGAUGAGGACUUUGAGUUUGCACUAGACAUGACAAGAGAGGAAUUCAGUGCACUGCCCGCCUGGAAGCAGGUGAACCUGAAGAAAGCCAAAGGUCUGUUCUGAGUGGAGAGAUGCUGGUGGAACCUGUUGUCACUUUCAAUACCAUUGGACCAGGAAAAUGGAUAUUUUUUUGGACAGGCAUUUUAAAAUAUAUUUUUUAAUCAGAGAUUUCAAAACCUGAAGUUAUUAGCUCUACCACUAGUCCUGUAGCUGUGUAUUUUGUAAAUGUUUAAGAGAACUCUUCGGAACUCUCUCCCCGAUUCAGCAGGGGAUGGUAAUAAAAUCUGCGGUGCAGCUCAGCGUCGCUCCUCAGCAGAGCCACAGCACCGCCCCCUGUUCCAGCUCAGUGUUGCCGGUGUGUUUGAAGCAGUUCUCUUUAUAAAGUGUUAUUUUGAUAGUUUAUGGAUUCUAAAAUAUAUAUAUUUAUAUAAACACCAUAUAAAUCAAAUAUGUAUUUAACAAAGCAGUAUGCAUUCAUUCACUUUUAAGAUUUUUUGGGAGGUGUCAAAGUAGAUGGAGUUGCUUCUGCCGAGACGUAUCUUCACCUACGUAUCUUCACCGUGUUCAGAAACGUCUUCUUCAGCAUUACAUUAGGUCUUACUUCUUCCGAGUGCUGCUUCCGGUGCUAAAACAGAAAAUGUGCACAUCCUGGCAUGGAAUCUGUGCAAGUUCACCUUUCUACCUUAAUAUCUCCUCAACAUGUAUAGUGCCUUGUUUUUAUGUACAGUUUCUAUACAGACAAGUUUGCUCUGCAUUUUUUGAUGAUGGUUUGGAACAUUACCUACAAUUUUACUCUAAAAUAGUAGAAAUAAAAAAACCUUAAUUUCUAAUGCCUGUUGUUAACAUUAAACAUGUCAUUUUGCAAUCUAGGUCUCCAAAAUAAAAGCUUCAGAAUAAACACAGCAAUUAACUGAUUGGUUCACACUGAA